AACAAUUCACUCAGCUGCCAAUUCAGAUGCAACAAAAACAACAUCAGUACAUCCAUUAUGUACAAACAGGGCCAAAAAUUGCAUUGGCGCCGCCUGCAACGGCAGCAGUAGCAACAACAACUGGAACAUCAACAGCAACUUGGCCGCCAGCAGCUAGUAUUGUGGCGCCAAUCGGAAGUCUGGGCAGCAGUUUUCAGCCUACCUCACCUCAAGCGGAUCAUGCGACGGAUGAGUGGUGCGAACGCUGCUGCAAGGAGAAGGGAGAGGCGGGCAUGCCGUGUUCCUGCUGCUAUGCGAAGCCGCUGCUCAGUGCAAAGCUGCUCAAGGCGACAGCUGGUUAGUGGCUUUUAAUUAAAAAUGGCUCGGUCUGAUUAAUAAAGAUGCGCAAUG